AUGAAUUCUAGAAUCUUGCAAGUUUUCCAGAAACUCACCUGCCCCAUCUACUUGAACUACUUCAUGGGCAGUCACCCCAUAGACUGUGGGCACAGCUUUUGCAGGCCCUGUUUCUACCUCAACUGGCAAGACAUCACGGUUCUUCCUCAGUGUUCUAAAUGCAAGAAGACAACAUGGCAGAGAAACCUCAGAACUAACAUUCGCUUGAAUAAGAUGGCUUCCAUUGCCAAGACAAGUCUCAGGCAAUUCCUUACCUCUGAGGAGCAGAUAUGUGGGACUCACGAAAUAAAGAAGAUGUUCUGUGAAGUGGACAAGAGCCUGCUCUGUUUGAUAUGCUCAACUCUCCAAGAAUUUACCGAGACCCUAGAACACUGUCCCAUUGAGUGGGCUGCUGAGGAACACCGGGUAAGAAGCUCCUGAAGAAAAAUGCAGUCUUUAUGGGAAAAAGCUGAAAAUCACAGAAACCUGAACAUGGAAACCACCAGAACCAGAUGCUGGAAGGAUUAUGUGAGUUUAAGGAUAGAAACAAUCAGAGCUGAAUAUCAGAAGAUGCCUGCAUUUCUCCACGAAGGGCAACAUCACUUGGAGAGGCUGCAAAGAGGCGAGGACAUUUUUCAGCAACUCAUUGAAAGCAACAGAAUGGAACAUUCGAGGGAACUUUUAAGAGGAAUGUGUGAGGAUCUGAAGCAAAUGUGCCAUAAAGCAGAUGUGGAGCUACUCAGGUAUGAGUCCCUGCUGCUGCAGGGUGCCGAGCCUGUGAAUCAGAGGCUCAGUGCAGACCCAUCUGGACUGCUGGACAGGCUCAAUGGAUUCAGAGUUGAUUUUACUCUGCAGCCUGAAAGAGCCAAUAGUCAUAUCUUCCUGUAUGGAGAUUUGGCUAUGAAUGUUGGAUGUGACCCUCAAGAUGAUCCCCAUUUCACUGCCAAAUCUGAAUGUUUUCUUGUAGGUGCUCAGACUUUCACAUCUGGCAAAUUUUGGGAGGUUCAUGUGGGGGACUCUUGGAAUUGGGCUUUUGGUGUCUGUAAUUAUUGGAAAGAAAGAGACAGAAUGAAGACAGAUGGAGGAGGACUCUUUCUUCUUGGAUGUGUUAAGGAGGAUGCUCACUGUGAUGCCACCACACCUCCACUUGUGGUGCAAUAUGUUCCAAGACCUACCAGUCGGGUAGGAUUAUUCCUGGAUUGUGAAGGUAGAACCAUGACCUUUGUUGAUGUCGAUCAAAGUCUGAUAUACACCAUCCCUAAUUGCUCCUUCUCCCCUCUCUCAGGCCUAUCCUUUUUACUGUAG